AAAUUGCGGCGAAAUCCUCCGAGCACGCCGCAGUCCUCGUCGCAUGCCGCGGGCUGGAGAGGGAAGGGCGAAGAGUGUCGUAAGGUUGGCGAAGAACAGCAACCGUUCGAUGAAAUGCUCGAGAGACAUGACAGUCACUGCUGACUUUAUGGAAAGCUUGUCGCUUAGCGACUCUUUAAGUUUCCUCGAGGGAGUUUAAAUAAUUUCACCAACAGACUAAUCUUGCAGUCUAUCGAGAGACGGUGGCCCCGAUUGCUGAGAGAGUAAAAAGAGCGAGCGAGCGAGAGGAGCACAUUCGAUGGCGAUGGAUCCAAAGACGGACAAGCUGAUACGGAGGACCACAAUGGUAGCCACGGCCACCGCCGCCUACUUCCUCCUCACUGCCGAUUAUGGCCCCCAGGAGAAUGCCCUCGCUCCCAUAAAGAGGGCUAUAGAAUCAGUGGAAUUAUCUCUGAAGAGGCUUAUUUUUGGUCAAGACAAAGAAGUACAUGAAAAUGAGAAGGAGAAAUCAAAAUAUAAUGAUGUAAAAUAGAAACGUCAUCUGCUUGGAGUAAUCCAGGUUCAACACUAGUGUUAUUAAGUGCAGGAGACCUCUCUGGUCAUGCUUGCAGUAAACUUCUGUAAUGUAUAUGAAAUUGUAGCAGUCCAAUAUAUGCUGUAUCAUGGAUAAUUUUGGCUCCCUGUAAGCUAAGUAAUUUCUAGAUGACGACUUUGAUGCCUGCACACAAA